AUGAAUCUGCCUAGGAAACGGCUAUUCAUUUGCUGCGACGGCACGGGUCGCGACUCGAUCCGCGAGAAGAACGAACACAUCACCAACGUCGCCAGGUUUGCAAGGUGCAUCCAGCCCGUGGAUGGAAACGGCGUAUUGCAGCUGGUCUACUAUCACAAUGGCGUGGGGUUACACAACGGGGAGUUUCAGUACAGGGAAGCAGCCACAGGUCAAGGUAUACAUGGUGUGAUACAGGACGCAUAUUACUAUCUCUGCCUCAACUUCAGCAUUGAAGACGGACGACAGGACGAGAUCCACCUCGUGGGCUUCUCCCGCGGAGCAUUUGCCGUGCGAGCGCUUGCAUGCUUCAUACACGAAGUCGGGAUACUAUCGAGGACUCGUCUCGCGCUGUCACCAAUGAUAUACUCGUUAUGGAGGAAACGGGACCUUGCACGACUGAAAGCAUAUUUGCCGUCAUGGGAAGCGAAAGGACAUGUACGAAGGAACGUCGACAUCACCUCGUGCGGUGUCUGGGAUACUGUAAGCGCCAUGAUCCCCGCUUCUGACUUGGCCUUCGUCAGUGAUGCUGUGCCCUCGAACUUGAGAUACGCUUGGCAAGCUCUAGCCCUCCACGAAACACGCAACUCGUUUUUCCCUGUUCUAUGGAGCAUAGAUGCAUCUGCCCCAGGUCAAACAAACAUCAAACAGUGCUGGCUCGCAGGAGACCACUCUGAUAUCGGCGGCGGGCACCCGGAUGCUGGCAUAUCCACGAUCUCGUUCCUUUGGAUGGUUGCGCAGUAUAAAGAAUACACCCAUGCUGGUGUUGACGAAGUGAUGCUUCUCGACUGUAUGACGCCACUGUUUCUACACUGGCAAGAGAAAGCCUUUCUCAACUGGGAAGAGAUGACCCUCUUCAACAAAGAGGAGUACCUCAUGCAAAAUCACGUCUUUACCAAAGGCAACGUCCACGGGCCCGAGCACUUUGCAACAGCGCUUUGGCGUUUGCCCGGCCAGUCGAGCAUUGUCGCUCGAGAGUCAGUCUUCAUUCCAAUGUCGUUAGCAGGUCAAGUACCUACGGCAGCGUCGACUAUUUCUGAGAAGGUCCAUGACGAGAAGGAAUCCAUGCCAGCCAGCAUUGCCGUGCAACCGGAUGAGUCAAAUCAGCAAAACGGCCGCCCGAGCAUCCACUUCACCGUGCGCAUCCUCAUGUCCGCACGCAAACAAGAAUGCCACCUCCUCCUCAAAUACUCGACUAUUACUCGAAGCGGCCGCAUUACUUGGGCUGACGUCACCAGGGUCCGCGGCUUCUUCGAAGAAGAACCCACAGCAUGGGAAACCUGGAUGUUUCGCCAAUGGAUCAAACGCGAAGAAGAGCUCUUUGGCAAAGACCUCAUGACCAGCGCCGAAAACGAGCGCUUAACGCGCUUUCUCUACCCUUAUCGCCGUGAAGGCGAUCGUCCGAGGAAAGCAUUUUACUCCCCUGCGCCGCGAGCCUCUAGCACGGAUCGAUCGCGCAAGAUCAAGGAUGCGAAUGACAUGGUCGCUGAGGCAGCUGAGAAAGGCCCAGAUUUGAGUCAAAGUCGCUCGUCAGCUGCGACUAGCGUAGGCUCGGGCGUCAAGUACUACCUGGAUCUGGACCUGGAAGGAUCUUUACCUGAGCGGUUUGGGAGGGCGGGCAGUGCGGCGCUGGCGAGGAGGGAGUUGCAGCUGGACGCUUUGUACCUGUCGCGACGGCCGACGCUGCAGAGGCAGUCAAGCUGA